AUGUCAGGCAAAUUUGUAGAGAGAAAAAAUAAUGCUGGAUAUUCAAAGCCAGAUGGUCCCAAGAGAGAAGCUAUUUUAGAUUUGGCCAAGUACCAAGAUCAACAAGUUCGUGUCGAGUUUGCUGGAGGAAGAGUCGUCACAGGUAUAUUAAAAGGGUAUGAUCAGUUAAUGAAUUUGGUAUUGGAAGAGGUUAAGGAAUACAUCAGAGAUCCAGAAGAUGAUACAGAACUUACUGAUAGAACCAGAGACUUGGGACUUGUGGUCUUUGGUGAUAACGUGAUCUUGCUUCCUCAAACCAAUCAACUCAUUGGGUUGUACUCUAUCAUCAGAGACAAGUCCACGAAAAGAGGUGACUUUGUUUUCUACAGUGAUAGAAUCAUCCGUUUGCUUGUGGAAGAAGGCUUGAACUUGUUACCGGUCGAAGAAUGUACUAUACAGUGCCAUGGUGGUAACGAGUAUAAGGGAUCCAAGUUUUUAGGGAAAAUCUGUGGGGUUUCUAUCAUUCGUGCUGGUGAAUCUAUGGAAAUGGGCCUUAGAGAUUGUUGUAGAUCAGUUAGAAUCGGUAAGAUUUUGAUCCAAAGAGAUGAGAAAACUGCUACUCCAAAAUUAUUCUAUGAGAAGUUACCUGAAGAUAUUAGUGAUAGAUAUGUAUUUUUACUUGAUCCAAUGUUGGCUACUGGUGGUAGUGCUAUGAUGGCAGUUGAAGUGCUUCUCAGUAGAGGUGUGAAGAUGGAUAGAAUCUUCUUUUUAAACUUGUUGGCUGCCCCUGAAGGUAUCAAAGCCUUCAAUGAUAAAUAUCCAGAUGUUAAGAUUAUCACUGGUGGUAUUGAUGAGAAACUUGAUGAAAACAAAUACAUUGUCCCUGGUCUUGGUGAUUUUGGUGACAGAUAUUACUGUAUUUGA